CAAUUUUCAACGCAACUUUCGAAUCGAGUACCUCAAAAUUCCAAGUUAAAAAAAUUCGUUAAUACAGAAAUAAAAAAAAAACCGAACAUGUGUACGCCCGCUCCCUGUCCCGUCCCCUGUCCCCCCACGUGUGGCCCGUUCCCGCCGUGCGCCCCCUGUCGCCCGCCCGGCUGCAACCCCAUGUGCGCCAUCCCGCCGUCAGUCCAAGCCGGGCUGCCCAUUCCGUGCGUGGCCAGCAUCCCGGCGCCUUCGCCCCGUUGCGGGCCCUCCGCCCCCAUUCCCUGCUACGGCACCGUGGAGUGCUUCCCGACGCCGCCCGUCCCGUGCGCCCCCCUCGGCCAGCCCUCCACCCCGACGUCUUUGAUCUACACGGCGACCGUCACCUGCGUGCCCAGCCCAGUGGCGUACCCGUGCCCCCCUUGUCCCCCGUGCGGCGGCACCUGCGGGCCCUGCGGAGGCCCCCCCGUCAGCGCUACGUGCCCCAACCCGUGCGAUCCUAGGUGCAUGCACCCGCCUUUCGAGCCCUACUGAGGGGGCACUUGAUUAGACUAGUAAUAUUGGUCGUAAAAAAUUAGUAUAUUAUACUGUUUAAAAACGUUUAAUAAAAGGUUGUAUGCAUUGUAUUCUUGUAUAUUAUUUCUCAUAUCUGACUAGUUAGUUAAUAGAAAAAUAUUAGAAAGUGUAUUGGAG